AUGCUGCGCCACAAAACCCUCUCGGAGGCAAUUGAAAUCAUAAGUGAACCUUAUCAACUAUUGUUCGACGCUGCUGAAGUUGGUAAUUUUGGAUUCUUAUCAGAACUUAUCAGUGCUCACCCCAGUUUGAUAUGGGAAGUUGACAACAAAGAUCAAAAUAGGGUCCCAAAAGGAUCUUAUACUAACUUAUAUUGUGAAAGAAGACGACCUUCAUUUUCUUUACCGAAAAUAAAGAACAACAAUUUGUUGCAUUUGGCUGCAAAGUUAGCUCCACCAGAUCAACUUGAAUUAGUUUCUGGAGCAGCACUUCAAAUGUGCCUUGAGAUAAUAUGGUUUGAGGAGGUGAAGAAAAUAAUGCCUCAAUCGUACGCAAUAAUGAAAAAUUCUGAUGGCCUAACUGCUCAGCAAUUAUUCACAACAGAACAUGAAGGAUUGCGAAAAAAAGGAGAAGAGUGGAUGAAACGUACUGCAGAGUUUUGCAUACUCAUCUCAACUGUUAUUGCCACAGCAGUGUUUUCUGCUGCGAUUAAUAUACCAGGUGGUAUUGAUGAUGAAACAAAAAAACCAAAUUUUUUGAACCAAACAUCAUUUUUGCUAUUUGCAAUAUCAGAUGGAGCUGCUUUCAUCUCAUCUUCGACUGCAAUAUUAAUAUUCUUGUCUAUUCUCAUGUCACGUUAUGCCGAGUAUGACUUUUACAAGUCACUACCCUUGAAGUUGAUAACUGGACUCAUAACUCUAUUCAUCUCCAUAGCAUGUAUGAUGGUAGCAUUUGGCAGUGCCUUCUUCAUAACAUACAACUACGGUUCGAGGGUUAUACCCGAUUCAAUAGCAGUACUCGUUUGUCCACCCUUGCUUUUGUAUAUAGCUCUGCAAUUUUCUUUAUGGUCAGAUAUCAUAUAUUCAACCUUCUAUUGUAGGACUCUAUUUCGACCAACCAAACGUAUGAUCUAUACUAUUAAAGAUAUAUAAUAAAUUCUUUACUCGAUGUGUAUAUUGAUUUUAAUGUGCUGUUUUAUCAUUAUGCAGCAGACUGCACUAAACUUUUGUGUUGAAAUAAGACUGUGCCUGUUAAAAAAAACUAAGAAUAAUAUUAUAUUUUUUUAUAUAUAUGUUUUUUUGUCUAUUAAAAGAAUUAUAUUAUGGGAGAUCAUCGUGAUGUCCAAAUUAUAUAUAAACACCACUUCUUCCUAUAUACAAAUUAUAGAAAUUAUGUGGGUAUCAGGAUAUAAAUACUUAAUAAUCACCACUUCCAAUGACCGAGCUUUAACAUCAUCUUGGCAAAAAUUUACUGACAAAUGUAAUCCCUUGCAUCUGCCUCCGAAGCAAGCAAUACAAAGAGGUCUCAAGAACCAUAUAACCCCAUGACUACUUCUUAAACAUCUUUUUCUUAUGUAUUAUUUCUUCUUAAUCUGUUCCAGCAUUUUCUUUCCACACUUUCCAUUUUGUUCACUUACAACACGAUACUUAUGGUAUCACUUUAUCGUAUAUUUGUUAAUAUUCUUCCAAUUCUUAGUCACUAAGUAUAAACGGUCGCUCACAUCCUUUUCCACCCACCCAAUACGUUAUCAUUUUGAGUCAAUCAUUUCCUAAUAUUCUCCGUAUUCAUCGUAUAGUACAUUUAUCUGAGAGCCUAUAUCAACCUCUUUACAACUCUAAUGAGCUUAUGUUUGCUCCCUUAUUAAUGUUAGUUACUCCAUUCAACCUGAAACCUAUAUGCGUAAACUAAUUAUAAAUUAUUGAGAUUAUUUUUAAAAAAACAUAUAUUGGAAUUGUAUUUUCUGUUUUGGAUUUUAUUUUCACGUCCGCUGACUAAGACUUUCUCUUAUACAUUAUGCAUAUUCGUCUAGAAGCAACUUGGAGUUGAGGCAUCCCUUACCUGGAAAGUGUAAAUGCCAAAACCAUGGAGUAACAGUGAGCAACAAAUACAAAAGGAAUAUUCCAGAAUACUUCUUCAAUUGACAUAGAGCUACCUCUCUUCCUACUAUAUAAACCGUGUUCUCCUUCAUUUAACAUCACACCGCAGCACCAUCAUCAUCUUCUUCUUCAGGCUUCUUAUUUCUCAUCAUCAUCUUCUUCUUCAGGUUUCUAUUUCUGCAUUACUCCUCCUCUUAAUUCUGCUCUUUACUUUUAACCUCCGCUCUCAACUUCUGUUGCAUUGUGGUUAGAUGAUGCAUGCUAGUAUUUUAUACAGUAAAUAUAGUGUUAUGUUCUACUAUUAUACUUAAGAUUUAUAUAUAGAGGUUGUUUG